GUGAAUCUCUCCAUAGCGGAUGCCAUGGUCUCCAGUCUCAAUGUUACCUUCAAUUACAUUUACAUGCUGGACAAUGAUUGGCCUUUCGGUGAGCUCUACUGCAAAAUAUCACAAUUUGUAGCGACUUUAAGCAUAAGUGCUUCAGUGUUUACGCUAAUGGCGAUAGCCAUCGACAGAUAUGUGGCCAUAAUAAAACCAUUGCAACCGCGUAUGAGCAAACGUUGUAAUUUGGCUAUUGCAGCGUUUAUUUGGGCUGCAUCUAUUACCCUCUCGUGCCCCAUGUUGCUCUUUUUCACAACCGGCGAAGUAGAGCUGAAGGAUGGCAUAAGAAUUGUCUGUUACACCGAAUGGCCGGAUGGUCCGACGAAUCACUCGCAGCAGGAAUAUGU